AUGAUUGACAAGAGCCACCUUGACUUUUACCUCCACAUCCACAGGAGCUUGUUCAUAUCGUUCCCCGAUACUAUGAGACCCCCAUUCUACUCUAAAAGCUUCCAGGCGACCAUCGAGAACGCAUUUGAAAGGUUAAGCAGCUUCCCUCCGCCUCCAGAGGACGCCGACGAGGAGUCCCUCGCUCUCUAUUCAAAGAUUCACAAGUCUAUCGCAAAAAACGUGUCUGAAAUAGUGGAUCACUUUGACGACAUUGCGCCCUAUGAAAACCAAGACGAUAUUUCAGACAUUGAGAUUUCCUUGAUCGAUGGAGAUGACGGGGUAGAGGAUGAGGCUGAGGGAAAUGGCGACGAUGAACAGGAGGAUCCUCCCCAGAAUAGAGAUACUAAUGCCUCGGUAACUGCCAGAGAGUUCCUAGAGGAAAUAUAUGCGAGACAUCCAGUUCAGUGCUCACUGGCCCACUUUCGUCGCCAAAUGAUUCCGUCUGCAAAGCAGGUGCGCCUUCAUGGAAGACGUCCAACUUUGCUCGAUGAAGACAAGAUGGCCUUUGAACGCAUCUGCUACCGAUACCCUCAAUCAUCUGAGAAUGAGAUUGAGAACCUGUUCAAAAAUGAUACAAGUUAUUUUAUCGAAUUUUCUGCGACGUGUAAAAAGGCCGAUGCUAUAUCCAGAAAACAGAGAGUGGAAGAUCGGAUCAGGAUGCGAGAUAUGCUACUUUUUUCCUUGCAUGACAACGAUGCGACACGCUCCUAUAUCAACUUUGUGUUGCGCUCUAUCAUUGCAAUUCGUUUCGCUCAAGACUACUCUUCUUGGUCCAUGGGAGAUAAGAAGACCUACGUGAAGGGCCUUUUUUCAAAAUAUUAUGAAUUACAAAUUGGCGAAAUCUCUCACCAAUAUGCAGGGAACGAGAGAAAGAGGCGUUUAGCAAAGCUGUUUAAAACGUUCAAGGGUCAACACGAGAAGGUUGUCACAGCGAGAAACCAUCUUGACCGACUUUAUCGUAUUUUUGGAACAGCCCUUUUCCUGGAUCCGUUCUGGCAGCUGUCUACGGGCCUGGAGGCGCCUAAACACAGCAAGGCAUUUGGCAAAAUGAUCGCCCUUCUGGAGGAAGACAUGGAUCCUGUCAUUCAGAAGAUUGCAGAGGUCAAGCGGUUUGAACGUGCUGUUGAAGAGGGUACUGCAGAUCCGAACGAGGAGCCAGAGUAUCCCGAGGUCAACGAGAAUGCUUACCUUCUUCGAGAACGCAUCACUACAAAUGCUUCAGCUAAUCGCACUUUUUUACUGAGGGUGAUGAAGGUGGUUGGUGGUACAGACGUUUACAAUUUUGUCAAUGCUUUUGUACGCAGCCCUUCGGGAGUUUAGACCAUGAUGGAAAUGUUUUAUGCGAUUUCAUGUUGUU